AUGAAAAGAUUCAGAGAAGCCUCAAGAGAACUGAAAGGAUUCCGAGAAGCCCUAGGAGAACUGAAAGGAUUCAGAGAAGUCUUAGGAAAAACUGAAAAGAUUCAGAGAAGCCCCAGGAGAACUACAAGGAUUCAGAAAAGCACCAAGAGAACUGGAAGGAUUCAGAGGAGCCCCAGGAGAACUGGAAGGAUUCAGAGAAGCCUCAGGACAACUAAAAGGAUUCAAAGAAGCCCCAGAAGAACUGAAAGGAUUCAGAGAAGCCCCAAGAGAACUGAAAGGAUUCAGAGAAGCUCCAGGAGAACUAAAAGGAUUCAGAGAAGAUUCAGGAAAACUGAAAAGAUUGAGACAAGUCUCCGGACAACUGAAAGAAUUCAGAGAAGCCCCAAGAUAACUGAAAGGAUUCAAAGAGGCCUCAAGACAACUGAAAGAAUUCAGAGAAGCCCCAGGAGAACUGAAAGUAUCCAGAGAAGCCUCAGGAGAACUGAAAGAAUUCAGAGAAGCCCCAGGCGAACUGAAAGAAUCCAGAGAAGCCUCAGGAGAACUGAAAGGAUUCAGAGAAACCCCAGGAGAACUGAAAGGAUUCAGAGAAGCCUAAGGACAACUGAAAGGAUUCAGAGAAGCCCCAGGAGAACUGAAAGGAUUCACAAAAGCCUCAGGACAACUGAAAGGAUUCAGAGAAGCCUCAGGAGAACUGAAAGGAUUCAGAAAAUCCUUAGGACAACUGAAAGGAUUCAGAGAAGCCCUAGAAGAACUGAAAGUAUUCAGAAAAGCCCCAGGAGAAAUGAAAGGAUUCAGAGAAGCCCCAGGAGAACUGAAAGAAUUCAGAGAAGCCAAAGGAGAAAUGAAAGAAUUCAGACAAGCCCUCAGGAGAACUGCAAGGAAUCAGAGAAGCCCUCAGGGGAAAUUAAAAGGAUUGAGAGAAGCCCUCAGUGGAAACUGAAAGGAAUCAGAUAA